AUGAAGUUCACUGUCCUUGAAAUGCACUUCUUCCGACUGGAAAUCGCUGAUGUUCUUAUUUAUUCAGACAAUGACGACUAUAUCAUUAAUGAGGACUCCUUUUAUAGUCUUCAGAUUGUUAAUUCCAGUCCUAAAGUGGCAAAUAGCGUCACUAACCAUGGAGGAUUAUAUGCUACCGUUUCAUCUAGUAAUGAAAUCAAGGUCGGAGAUGAGAUUUCAGGUGCCCGAUUCAUCAACUACGGACUAGUUGCUUUGAGUUCACUUAAAUCGGGAAAAUCAGCUAGUUUUACAAUUAGCGGGCCAACGUUUUUUAACGAAGGGUCUAUAUUUAUUGGCUCAGAUGGUUCACAAGGGUUUCCACUGCAAACUGUAAGCGGAUCAAAAAGUUGGACAAAUAAUGGUUUGAUACAAUUCACUCAACGUGUAGCUGGAAAUGGGGGCGUUUACUUCACGUAUGAUGGGCAAAUGUAUCAACACGGGACGAUUUGCCUUCAAAACCAGAAGCACGUACAAACUGGCUCAUUUAUUGGAGCCGGGUGCAUUAUCCUUGAAGGGGAAUCGACUUGGCAAUUUGCCGUAAACGAAGAGUUUGAGCAAACCAUCAUUAUGCGCGGUCCCUCAGUUAAGUUACGGUUUUACAAAUCAGGUUUUGGCCGUGAACAACCUUACAAGGUAGUCGGAUUCGGGAAUCGUAACCUGAUUGCUUUUAUUGAGCUCGGCCAUGCCGGUGACUUGUUUUACGACAAGACAACCGGGAUUCUAAAGUUAGAUGAGACAGACUUGGAUAUUUAUUAUUUUGACAUUGGCUUAGGGUACGACCCAGACUUAUUCAUCUGGAGAACCGAGGAUGGCGCAUCAGGAGAAAACGCCCUUUUCUAUAAUGGUCCCGUCCCUGAAGAAUCGAAUAAAGAACCCGACACUUGUGUCAAAUGCCAAGCAUUCCCACCAGACCCUGGAGCAGUCCCUAGAUACGAGACAACCACGGUAAGUAAUGACAGAUUUACCGUAACGCUUGAGAUUUUGCACACUACCGAUCCAGAGAUGGGAUACUGGUAUGCUACGACUAGAACAGUUUAUGACCAUUACUAUACAACAUACACAAAAGACGAUCAGGAAGUUAGUGCCUUGGUCAGUCUUGUAACCGAUACAGAUGGAGAAAAGAAUUGGGUUACAUCGGAAUAUCCCUAUCCUCACACAUACUAUACUACUUAUGUUUCGGAUGGUCUGACCUACUCAGCGGAAGUUGUUGUUACAACACGUCCGGAAGGUAACUUUUACACUACAACUAACCAAAUUCCAAAUCAAACUUCUUAUCUCACAACGUAUGUCGAACAGGAAACUACUUACAGUGCGUAUGUCAUUAUAAGCCUGGAUAGUGAAGGUGUUUGGUACACAUCCACAUCUACCAUUCCAUAUCAUAAUGCUUACACUACUACUUAUAUUGAUGAGGAAGGUGACGCGAAGACUGGUGUGGUAUUCAUUACGACCGACGAGAACGACAACUGGUACACCACUACACUGAAUUUUGAAAAGACUUUGUAUACUACUACUUACACUGACGGUGAUGGUGCCACACAGACUGGGGUUGUUCUCGUUAGCACUAAUUCCGAAAAGGAAUGGUACUCUACAACACUGAAUUUGGAUGACAAUAUGUACACCACUACCUAUGUUAAUGAAGAUGGUGAUACAAAGACAGGUGUUGUGAUUGUUACUACUGAUGAAAAUGAGAGCUGGUACACUACUACUCUGGACUUCGAAGCAACAUCUUAUACGACUACAUACACCGAUGAAGAUGGUUCCACCAAGACGGGAGUAGUUGUUGUUACUACUGAUGACAAUGAGGACUGGUACACUACAACACUGAAUUUGGAUGACAAUAUGUACACCACUAC